AGACUGAGGAAAGGUAAUAAAGUUAUCGUUGAAUAACGUGCGUCAUUGUCAGCUGUUUUGUGACUAAUGGUUUACGCGUCUGGUUUUGUGACAACUAAUAAUCUGAUAGGCAGUUGAUUGCCUGCUUCACAAUUGUUGAGAAGAUGUUUCGCUCUUCGUCGGGUUUUGAUAAGUUACUUGAUAAGGCGACAAGCAAUUUGAGAUUAGAACCGGACUGGCCUACAAUACUUCAAAUAUGUGACCAAAUCAGACAAGGAGAUGUUCAGCCAAAGUAUGCUCUUGCUGCAAUUAAGAAGAAACUCUAUAAUGCAAACCCUCAUAUUGCAAUGUUUGGGCUUCUGGUUUUAGAAUCGUGCGUGAAGAAUUGUGGUCACCUUAUCCAUGAUGAAAUUGGCACUAAGCAGUAUAUGGAGCAGCUGCGUGAAUUAGUAAAAACAACAAACCAUGAAAAUGUUAAAAACAAAGUAUUAGAAAUGAUUCAAGCAUGGGCUUAUGCCUUUAGAAAUAGCCCAAAGUACAGAGCAGUACAGGACACACUAAAUAUUAUGAAAACUGAGGGCUAUAAAUUUCCGGUUCUGAAAGAGAGUGAUGCCAUGUUUUCUGCAGACACUGCUCCAGAAUGGGCAGAUGGUGAUUGUUGCCAUCGUUGUCGUGUUUCAUUUGGAGUGGUUCAGCGAAAGCAUCACUGCAGAGCCUGUGGACAGGUAUUCUGCAGUCAGUGCUCGUCAAAAACCUCAACACUGCCAAAGUUUGGAAUAGAAAAAGAAGUUCGUGUAUGUGAGGCAUGCUAUGAAUCGCUCAAUAAAUCUACCUCAACCCCACCACCUACACAGAAGUCUGAGGGGGAGUUGCCACCAGAGUAUCUCAGCAGUUCAUUAGCACAGCAAAGUCAGGGCCCCCCUCGUAAAACAGAGGAGGAGCUGCGGGAAGAGGAGGAACUGCAGCUUGCUCUUGCUUUGUCAAAGUCUGAGGCAGAGCACAAGGAAAAAGAGAAGAAACGCACUACAUCAGCCAUUAUUUCAAAUGCAGCUGCCAUUCAACGUGCAAAGCAGUAUUCACCUCCUCCACUCAUGGACAAUAGCCCAAAUCAAGGGGAAGAAGAGGACCCAGAGCUUGCUCGUUACCUGAACCGAGCUUAUUGGGAAAAGCGACAGAAUGAAGACUCAUCUGGUCCAUCUACCAGUGCAAGCUCUGAACGCAGCAGUCCACGCCCUGGACAGCAGCCUUCUGCACCAAGUCCUAGGAUACAACAGAAACAGGAAAAUGGUGAACCGGAUUCUCAAAUUGAGGAAUUUGUGGGUGCUCUAAAAAGUCAAGUGGAAAUAUUUGUGAACCGUAUGAAAUCAAACUCAAGUCGUGGGCGUAGCAUUGCUAAUGACAGCUCCGUGCAAACACUUUUUAUGAAUAUUACAGCUAUGCAUUCUCAACUUCUUCGAUAUAUUCAACAACAAGAUGACAGCAGAGUGUAUUACGAAGGACUUCAGGACAAGCUAGCACAAGUGAAAGAUGCAAGAGCCGCUCUAGAUGCAUUGCGGGAAGAACACAGAGAGAAGCUGAGAAGGCAAGCAGAAGAAGCAGAGCGUAUUAGACAACUCCAGAUGGCUCACAAACUUGAAAUAAUGCGCAAGAAGAAACAAGAAUAUUUGCAGUACCAGCGACAGUUAGCUUUGCAGAGAAUACAAGAGCAAGAACGAGAAAUGCAAAUGAGACAAGAACAACAGAAGCAGCAGUACAUGAGGGGAUCACUGCCCUAUGGAAUGCCACCAUACGUGGGUGCACCAGGUCCUCACCAAACCUAUCCUCCAUCGGGGCCUGAGAGUUCUCCUGUGCAUACACAUUAUGGACCGCCUAGUAUGCCACCUGGUGGGCAGAUGUUUACUGGGGCACCACCACCAGUAACAACAGGCGCACCAGUUCAGGGCCCACAAUCAUUUCAAGAAUAUCCACAUUAUACUUUGCCAGGUAUACCAACAGCUCAGCCACAUUCAUCACAGCCUGUUCCAGUACAGGGACCACCAGGACCACUCCCUCAACUUGUUCGUCCACAGCAGGGUGCCCUUCCUGGAGGAGUCAUGCCUCCUAUGGGUCCAAUAGGACCCCAUGGGCCAAAUCAAACUGGGCCUAUGCCUCUGCCUGGCCAGGGUGUGCAAGGACAGAUGCAGCCUACUCCCCCUUUUCAUCCACAGCCUAAUUUGCCAGGUCCACCAGGACAAGGGCCAAAUCCUCAGAUUCAGGGACCACCUUUGCCUAUUCAGAAUCAUAUCUCACCUGGACAGUUUGCUCCAGGGGCACCACAGCAACCACCUGGGUCUUCCUCUGGCAGUCCUCAACAGCCACAACCACAGCAGCAACAACAGCCACAACAACAGCAGCAGCAGCAGCCUUCACAGCAGGAUCAGAAACAAGAUCAAACUGCAGAACUCAUAAGUUUUGACUGAAUUGUAUUAGUAUUUAGUGUUUGUUAAUAUAAAUUUACAAUUUCUGUUUGGCUGCUCUUACGUAACUCAAAAAAAAAUUAUAAGUGGUAGCAAAUGAUGAAAAUAAUGAUUGUCAUACACUCUGAUAUUUUUGACAAUCUUAUAACUUUCAUGCUCAGUAUGUGGCCCAAUUCAUAAAAUAUUGCUUUAUUUGUAUAUAUGUAUUAUGUGCCAGAUAGUGCAGUGUUUCUUGUAUUUCUUAAAACAUGCAAAUGAAAUACAUGCUACAAUAUUACUUCAUUAGAGUUUCCAUGUUGUAAAAUAUUUCACCAGUUACUAGUUCUGUCACAUUUACUGUUUUUUGUUCUUCCUAUUUCAGGAUACAAUUUGUGUCACACGUCUCCAUUACUGAGACUACUUAUAA